CUCUUCUUUAGGCAGGCCUUUGGCGAUCUGUCUAUUAAUCUGUGGUAAAGGGAACGUGCAUAUGUGUGUAGAAUUCUUAAAUAUAUAUGCAAUUGAAGCGUAAAGAUAUAUAAUUUUUUAAUCAAUAUAUUACACCAAAAUAUCAUAGUAACACAGUAGAAGAUAAAUAUGAAUAGAGAUUGCGCGAAUAUAUCUUGUGCGAUAUAUAUUUGUGUACACACACAUACAUACAUGUACGCACACAAUCACAUCAAAAGAUCAAUAUCAGUAUGGCGGCGAGAAAGGAGCGGCUUCGCGCCGUGUGAUCGUGACGAUUAAAAACAUAAGAGAAAAAAAAGGAAAAUGACAGCCCACUUUUCUUUUCACCGGUGGACGACGCGACAAAGGUGUACUUUCACGAGGUGUCUUUAUCGAACGGCGAUCAAGUACCGAGGAUCACGUUAAUGUCAAACGGGUGGUUUGACGUUUGACAGUAGAGCAGCUGGAGAUUUGACAGCGGGAGACCUAUCGAGAGACAACUACGUACUUCGCAAGACUACAGAGAUUAACGAUCACCAUGGCGAAAGAGAUGAUGAUAGUAUUUAUUUACGACACUGCAAAGUGUUGUAAAGAGGAGGAUGACCCUGCCGAAGCAGUCAUGUAUUUUCAUCCGGCUUGGGUAUCUCUCACGCAAAGACUGGCUCUGGCAGGGCAGUUGAUGGGUGUAUAUCACUUCCUGGCAACAUCGUUCUCAGCACCACGUUCUAUUACAUUGCAAGGUGGAAAGUUUGUGUUGAAGAAAUUUGGGCAGUAUGUACUGGCAGUAGGGACUGAUAGAAACAUACAUGAUUGGAUACUUGAAAGACGUGCUGACACUCUGGAAUCAUUAUUGAAAUUCUUCCAUUGUGAUCUUGUAAAGGUGCUGGAAUCCCUCAACAGUGAUCGCAAUAGAUUUACCGAAAAAUUGUAUCAGAUGUUUGAGACUUAUCUGCCAAUUCUUCAACACAGUGCCAAUCUAUUUUCCAGCAUUCCUGUCAUUAAACUUCCAAAAAGUGCCACUAAUAUAUUUUUGGAAGGGAUGCAAAUGCUGCAGCAUUAUCAAGAGAUAAAUGGCAUUUUAGGAGGAGCAUUAUUCUACAAUAACAAGAUAGUCUCAACACAGCUGGGAGCGGAUUUAACGAAACAAAUUGUCAUAACUGAUCCUUAUAGGAUAAAGGCUCCUACAGAGAGGAUAUCCACAGAAUUUCAUUUGCCGAUUGGUGUUCAAUUAUUACAAGUGUACAUAGAGCGGAAAGAGUUUGCGAAACUGAUGCAAGAGGCGAAUAACGAGCGAUAUUACAAUUCGUGUCUCGAUUCCGCAAUUAAGAAGACAUUGCAGAGAAAGAACGUAUCAAAGAGCGGCGUCAAGGAGCCGCCCACCAUGUCCGCCAUGAAACGGGAUACCUCGCGAAUAUUCACCGUCCCCGAGGAAGGCGAACUGGAUUCUACAAUUUACCCGCCGCCAUCGCAAUAUGUGUCAUCGGUACCACUUGCGAUCAAUCAUGACUCGCCGAUUAGACGCAAGCAAGAGGUCAAGCCAGAGCGUCCCAAAAUUAGCGGUACCAUCGUCAAUCCGCUCACGCCCAGCGUCUGCGCGACGCCUUUGAAGGACAUAGACCGAAUAUUGCACGGAAACGCCAUGCUCAUUUGCUCGUCUGAAAGCGGUGGCGAGAACGACGAACAUCGAAGCUCGUCGAAAAGCAACGACGACGAUGAUAUUCCCGACGUCGUCAAAGAAGCGCUCAGGUGCAAACGUCUGAACAAACUGAGAAACGCUACUUCAAAGAAAAAGCCGAUGAAAAGAAAGGAUCCCGACCGGAAGAGUGUGAGCCUGCCAGACCUGACGUCAUCAGUUAAGCCGCGCUUGAACGGUAUUCCUAGAACCUAUCGACCGGAGCUAGACAAAAUCGAAACUUCACCUGACGACCGCGAUCCGAAUUCAUCUCGGCGGAAGCUCAGCGGAAACGAUAAACGAUACUCGCGCACCAUCACCGAUCCCUGUUACCCCGUCUUCCGAUGCGACGGUUUUCCGGUCUCGCAGUCGUUAUAUGAACAACACAUUGCUUCGCACUGCGAGGAGCUGCGCGAUGAUGGUAACAGCAGCGGCAUUCAUGGAAGUUGCAACAACGAUGACAAUCUGCAAUCGAAGAACCUAUCGAGCGACUUGACGAGUGCGAAAUUGUCAAUAAAUAGCAGCUCAAGUUCGAUCUCGAAAGAUGCUGGCGAAGAAAAUACCAAUCCUGGCUACGACAAGAGCAAACAGGAGACGUACAAGAGAUCGAUGAGCCUACCGCUGAAACCGCUUAACAUUGUCUCUGAAGUGCAAGACGGCGACGAUAGACGAAGGUCGACGUCGGAAUGUGGCGGUAGCUCGUUCGAUUUCCCGCAGAGGCGAAAGCUGGAUGGUCUACAGCUAACACCGCUGAUGUCGAAACUGAGCCUGUUGGCCGACGAACGAACCAGUGGCUUUUGCAGCCGCGAUACUACGCCGAGCGAAUUUCGCGAUCUCUCCGGAUUCUCUGGCGGUGCAGCCAUCAAUGCAGCAACGACGAUGACGAUGACGACGUCGAUGAAUCAGCUGAUAAGACAGAAGCUGGAAUCGGUUGAGAAGGAAGUCAGCGAUGGUGAAGACGAGCUGGAGGAGGACUGGGUCAACAAGGAUGAUCCCGCCGCCUGCCUCGAGAAGACCGAGCUGUUUCUUUGCGGCUAUCAAAAUAUGGUGUUGGUGCUGCUAAUGGAAAAUGGUACCGCGAACAAUCCAGAUUUAAUACACGCUCUGUGGCAUACUUGCGUGAGCACGUUGGGUAAACUCGAGUUGCGGCUGCAGCAAUGUUUGGAACCAUUGCCGUCGACAGAAAACAAGGAACUAUACAGUAUUUUAAACAUUGACCCGCAAUGGGACACCGUGCAACGUUACGGACUCUGGGGCGUUACCGAGUUGGACAUCGUGUCUUGCCUCCACGACAGAUUUACGCAAGCGAGCAAUUUGACGGAUAUCAUUGUCAGAACGGAGGAUACGGUGGUUUACGGUAACCAGUGUGGAGGAGUAGAAGUGUUUUAUCAACAAGCUGUGGCACCGGGUGCUUUUGCGGUUCUUCCAACCCCGGCGGAUCUCAUGGGGAUCGUAGCACUCAAGGCGAAGCGUCGAUUAGAAAGAGAUCACGGGAUUGUGUUACUGUAAAUCCAGAAACGUACGUCGCUUCCCAUUUUCAGAAAAAGUAAGAAAAAUAACACAUAGAUAUAUAAACAUACACACAUACGCGUUUACAAUUUCGCUUAUUUAUCCUCGGCAGAGAAAAUAAAUUCAAAUCCAGUUCGUAUUCUGUACAAAGAAAGCAAAAUGGAAAUUAUUCCGUCAGUUAAAUCGAGAUAAGAUAAUUUUAACAGGAUAUGCUGAACAUUUUUCUACGGGUAUUUUUGUAAUCUGUGAUUCUCCACCGUGCCGAGUGUGUAAUUUCGAGAAAAUUGGCUCUGAGAAAGAGGGAAUAAUCGAAUAGGUUUUUUUAUAUAUCGCUGCAAUGUGUACUUAUAGUAUUCCUAUCACAUCACGAAUCGAGAAAUUUUCUAUGAUAAUAAUAACUGUCGACUUUAUCCGAUUUGUAUUUUACCAUCUCGUAAUUGUAUAGAUAUCAUAUUGAACGUUAUUUGUAUUAUAUAUGUUGUUGUAUAUAAGAUGUCUUAGAAUCGACGGAAAGUAGACGCACAGCGUUAUCAAAUUAAAACUGUGGCGAGAGGCACUUUUUAAUACUUUUUUUUUAUCAACGAAUGUGUAUUCUGGGGCAUUUCAAUAGCUAUAUAAAUUAUUAAAAAGCAAAAAUUUCUAGAAAAUUAUAAACUAAAGAGUCUUAGAAAUAAAGAUAAGUAAUAUUAUAAUAUUAAAUAAUUCCAUUUUUGCGAAAUUUUACUACGCAACAAAUAAUGCUUCAUUGUCCAUCAAUUCUCAAACAUCUUAUAUCUAAUUGAUUCAUUGUACAUAUCCGUAUGCAUUAAGUUAUUUGCAUUUUAUUCGAUAAGCGUCCAGUUUUCGUAAAGUAAAAAUAUAGUUGAAAAUAUAUUCGCGAAAGAAAAAAAGACGGAGAUCAGUAUUCAGUUAAUAGUUAAUACGUUGCGCGUCCAGUAUUUAUAGUCGUUCGAAUUGCUUUUAUAGAUAGAAACAAAAUAAUAGUGAUAUUUAUAAGACUCGUCAGAAUCGUCUGAGUUGGCAUUGUCAAUUGUAAUUUAAGAAUAUUUUAUGCAUUUUUUUGCGUCAUUGACGUCUCAAUGUUCCGUUUUCGUCUCAUAUUUGAAUAAAAAUGUCGAUGAUCUCGCGCAAGAAUCAUUCGCAAAACGAGUUUUGGCAACGAGACGCGAAUAAUGCGCUAUGUCCAAAUUUUUAUAUAGUAAUUUAAACGUUAUGUUAAUAUAUUGCAUUUUUAGCGAGCAAAGUUGAAUCGCAUUGCGUCAUCGCACGCAUUCCACGAUGAUCUUUUCUCUUAUAUUUUAUAGUUUUCCUUGUCAGUCCUUUGUUUGAAAGGAAAACUAUAAUAAAGAUUCAUCGUUUUUGAAGUCUCUUUCUUGAACUUAUUUUCCAGCGCAUUCUAUGAUCCUUCGUACAGUAAUAUUAUUAGUUUGAAAUUAUUAAUUUGUUACUAAAAUUAUAUUGAAAGCCAGUGACGUAAUCAUUGGAAGGGCUGUCAGGUUUCAGUCUCUCCUUCCCACCGAAGUCUAACCGACUAAGUUGUCAGCACUUUCGCAAAAGAAGCGCUUAUACAGCACUGUUUUAUUAAGUAAAUAAAAUUAUAGUUGCUUAAUGUUAAA